CCCACUUUCUCCCAUCGAAUACAAAGCGCAGUGAAAGCAGAUAUGGUGUCGGUGGAUAACUUGGCCUCAAAAUUAUACUCGCUGUUAUCAGAAAGAACUAACGGGGAAGAAAUCAAUGAAUGGCGAUUGCUAGGCCAGGAGCGUGAUGGUACCUUUCUGUUUAGCUGGGUCCAAUCUAACAAAGAUGGACAGACACGCACAUGCAUCGGUUUAUAUUCUUACGAAGAAAAUGAACUCACACCUGUUUACUCAUUUAACGAAAAAGUAAACUGUAUACAGGCAUCUGUCAAUAGCCAUAAGACCAUUUUAGCUUUCGUUGUUAAAGAAAAUAAUGGGGAUCAGGAAUACGUUUAUAAACCGAAACUGUACAGGAUCAACGAUGAUUAUAAUGACGUGUGCGAUUUAGAACUUGGCAGGUGCAAACAGAUAAUGGUGCAGUUUCUGUAUCCCAAGCAGUCUAUUUUAUCGGAAAAUCAACCUGUUAAGUUUUUAAUUUUCAUCCACCAAGAAUGUAUACUGCAAUACCAGAUCAAGACUCCCGAUGGAGAAUUAGACAAAGACGGUUUUAUGUACGAAUCUUUGGUAAGAAUGUUUAUGUGGGCCCAGUGGGACCCGUUACAACAAACUUUAUACUACAUCCACAACAGAAAACGAGGUAGGUGUUUGGUAGAAGGCGAGGAGGAAGUCCUUGACGAUACAGGAACAAAAGUCACACCCACCUUGUCUGGAUUACAAUUUAAUGACGAAUUGCCCCAUGAAACAGUGUUAAACAUACCGUUGAAUUUGCCCCACUUUUCUUCACUUCACGGAUCGUGCUUCAUCUACGAAGAUGAUCCGGUCCCGUUGAGAAUACACGAUUGUGCUUUGGAUCUCGUCGUCCUUACGGAUUCAAAUGGAUUUGUGUGUAUCUGCCAUCAUUAUCUGUACCAGCCCAUACAACCAGUCGUGGAGUUGAACGACGACGACACGAACCCGAUACAUUUUGCUUAUUCGGUAACAGUCUUGCAUCAAAGUUGUGUGAUACAUUGCGUUAUACCGGAAAUACCGUGGAACAGAGCGAAGAAAAUUAGGCCGCUGUUUACAUUGAAUGGGAGUCAUCUGCUCAUUUUCAUCCCCGAAAUCUGUACCCACCUUCUGGAUAUUGGUUUAAUGCACGAGCCAUGUUGUCACAUUACAGUGAAGCCCAUCAUAACAGAUGUUGAAACACAUUUGUUGUGUUUAGCGCCUGUUGUGUCGAUGGACAUCAAAUAUGUCGUGAAUUUAGCCACCCUGGAUUUAAUAGACAUAAACGUACCAACUUCCUUACUAGUGGAAACUUUUAAAAGUGAUACGCUUUUAGAAAACAAGUUGUCGAUCCUUCACUAUCUCAUCCUGCAUUCUGAUGACAUAAGCAGCGCAUCUGAGUUGAUCUCAUGGCAAGCCGAGAGACCAUUUACAUUAGGAUUCCCGCAAAUGCUGAAGGAAUAUCUGAUAGGAACGUCUUAUGCCUCAGUUCAAAGAAACCUGCCCUCAGAUGCAAACAAACUGAUUAACUUGCUACCGAUAACAUCCCUACGUAUCGGAUCUGACAUCGAGGUCGAGUUAGACAAUCACAUGAUAUGUCUAUCUCAGGACGUCUUGUGGAACGCCUCGAUGAUGCUGCUUUCUCCCCAGCAACGCAUAGUACCUUACAGGAGCGACAUCUGGGUCAAACUGUGGGACCAACUCGCUAAAGUCUCCAAAGGAGCUCAGAGGUUUAAGCCAAGUCAGGUUGUGGAAAAACUGACUGUGUCUCUGGUUUGUUACCAGCCAGAAAUUUUGUCAAGAUCCAGCACGCCAAUGUCUCCCAGCGGCGGUGCGUCGUCUGCACUGAACGAUUUCCUGAAUAACCAGUGCGGGAAGAGGAGUCAAAACGAGUCUUUGCCGUUUUUUGAGGUUGACAAUUGUACUGCCAGUAAACAGGAGCAUAUAAUAUCAGUGAAUUUAAGGGAACUGAAUAUGCAUCUAUUAAAGCAAAGCGCAGAGAAUAAGAUGAACAGGUUUCAGUGGCAGAGUCAGUCUCCCAUGCACGUACAUGCGGUUGCUACAAGAUAUAUUACAGCCCAACUAGAUCAGUCGAGGCAACUUUGUCAGUUGCUUUGCAAGGCAGGAACUUAUGAACCGAGAUGGGAACUAGAUAAAGGUUUUGUCUAUGUCAAUCAACUGCCUGAAGAAAGGCGAUUUGUACUGUACACGAUCUUAGAGAAGUAUUAUUUAGCCGUAGAAUCAAUUGCUUUUCCUCUGCCACAAGGUUUUACGUCUUUCUUUACAUUCCUGGGAUACAAAACCUUGAAUUAUGAUAUGUUUUUGCAGUACGUGAAAAGAAAUGUGUUUGAGCUACACGUGGACGUCAUGAAGAUAAUCAUGGCAGAUAUUGAUAACAGCAAGACUGGUAUCCAAAACAAAUUAAAUCUGCUGACGAUACUGCCUCGAUCAAGGGCCAAAAGGCUUCUCAACCAGUGGAACCAUCCCAUUAGUUUAAUGCUGAGAGCUAGGGAGCAUUCUCUAAAUAUUCUCUCGGGAGUUGCCGGUCAUCCCACUGGUAGGAUUCAAGGAACACAGAAGCACAAGGGUUUUCGAGGAUUAACUGCUUUUCCAUCGAGUGAUCACUUGUCUCCGCUGGAUACGUUUUUAGAUCUAUUAACAGCCAAGGCAACUUUGACUGAUAUUGACUUUGGUCUGCUUGUUGAAGCCACGGAAACGUCAACAGAGGAAUUCUUGUAA